ACAUGAACGCACCCAAAAACAAUUGGUCAAUGGCGGGCCGCGUUUGUUGACUUUUAUUUGUUGUUAUAAAGGAAAACGUAAAUUUUAUUCAAAAAUUCUAUUGCAUUAAUACAUAUUUCGUAUAAAAACAGUGCCUGUGUAAUUUUAACAAAGUUAAAUAAGACUGAAAGAUGAGUUUUAGCUUCGGUUCAGCUACUACGACGGCUGGAAGUACUUUCGGCACUACCACCCCUUCUACAGGGUUUGCAUUUGGUAGCGGAGAACCAGCUAAGCAAGGAUUAUUUGGAUCCGGAAGUACAGAAAACAAGCCAGCCUUCAAUUUCUCAAGUCCGUCUGGCGGAGGUUUUGCAUUUGGUGCUGCUAAAACUACUGCAGUAACAUCUUCUAUAUUUUCCACACCAACGACAAGUGCAGCUCCUGCAUUUGGUGCCAGUAAACCAGUGAACUUUGGAGGGUUCACGUCACCACCCAACCAAACUGUUGGCAGUCCUGGUUUCGGUCUUCAGACUGGAGGCGGCUCGCUUGUAGGAGGAACACAGCAACCAGCGCCGGCUUUCGGUACACCAACCACACAAGCUUCAACCGGUUUCGGCUCAUCCCCCAGCACCGGUUUCGGUUUCGGCCAGUCCCCACAGCCGUCCACCGGAUUUGGUGGACAACCAGCCACUACCGGUUUCGGUGCACAACCAGCCACCACCGGUUUCGGUACACAACCAACUAGUACCGGGUUUGGUAGCAGUCCUUCAACCGGGUUUGGUAGCAGUCCUUCAACUGGUUUUGGUGCUCAACCUGCUACAAGUGGUUUUGGGUUUUCUACACCAGCUACCGGGUUUUCGGCUCCUCAAGCUAAUCAGCAGCAACAACAGCAGCAACAGGCAACAACCACUGCAACAGCUCAGCCGACACAGUCGUUCCUAGGCGGAGGUACCACCAGUGGUUUCGGACAAAAUGCCUUGCGUUCCAAACCUGGGUCCGCUUUCAGUUUCGGCGGGGGCACCACUACUGCGCCUGCGUUGGGCGGUGCUAGUACUACCACAACCACACCAGGUGGUUUCGGCCAAAAACCAGCGACGCUCGGUUUCGGUACACUAGGAGCCGCGUCUUCUACACCUCAAACUGGUCUGACAGGUCAGGCCACUGGUCUAACUGGUCAGGCUACUGGUCUAACGGGUCAGACUACUGGUCUGACCGGACAGGCCACUGGUUUGACAGGUCAGACUGCAGGUCUGACUACAGCACCCAGUUUUGGUGCUGCCCAAACCGCCACUAGUACGCCGCAAGGAUUUGGCUCUUUUACUUCACCAACUCCCCUAAACUUUGGUGGAAACCAGCAAACCAGUCAACCAACAACCGGUCUCAGUUUCGCUCCACCAUCAACUGCGCAACCAACACUCGGUUUUGGUACACCAACAGCCACCCAAUCUGGACAAACUGGGCUCAGUUUUGGAGCUCCAACAACAACACAGACCGGACUUAGUUUUGGAACCCAACCAACCACUUCUGGAGUAGCUACUUCAGGAACGGACAAACCAUUAUUAUUGGGUCAAGCAUUACCAGCUGGGCAGUUCCCUAAAACAUCUGCACCAUUAAGCUUUGGUCCGGUAUCAACUGGUGCAGUGAGUGCCACUUCUACAGCACCUGUCUCAAGUGGACUUACAUCUUGGUCCACUCCGGUUGCAACUACCACAAGUCAGCCAGCAACCGGGCUUAGUUUUGGAACCAGUACUGCAGCUUCUAAGCUCAGUUUUGGAGCUGUUUCUACGUCCGCCCCAAAUGCAACAUACGGGGUCAGUGUCGCUGGGUCUGCAGCUCAAAUUGACUCUAGUUUUGGAAAACCUAUUACGUCGGUCGUAGGCUCUUCGGCAGCAUCGACCACCGCCCCUUCAGGUAUAAUAGCCCUUGGCAAGACUACAGCGACCACAGCAUUGGCGUCACUUAGUACUGCUACUACAACAACAGCAUCAGCCCCAGUUCCCCCUCAGACUAUAACAUCAAUUACCUUCGCGCAACUUGAAGAGAGUAUCAACAAAUGGACCCUCGAGUUAGAGGAACAAGAAAAUGUGUUUAUAAACCAGGCUACCCAGAUCAAUGCCUGGGAUAGACUGCUUAUUGCUAAUGGGGAGAAGAUAGUGGAACUUAACGAUGCAGUACAAUCAGUGAAGAACGAACAACAAAGCUUGGAGCACGAGUUAGACUUCGUACUAGCUCAGCAGAAGGAACUAGAAGAUUUGCUAGCGCCCAUGGAAAAACAGCUGUCGGAGGAAACUGUGGACAGGCUCAGAGACCCCGAGAGAGAGCAUAUGUAUUCGCUAGCUGAAAACUUGGACACUCAACUGAGACAGAUGUCGGAAGAUUUGAAAGAAGUUAUAGAACAUCUCAACGAAACCAAUAGGAGUCAAGACAGCAAUGAUCCUAUUGUUCAAAUUGGUCGUAUCUUGAACGCCCACAUGUCGUCAAUGCAAUGGAUAGACAACUCGAUUGCACAAAUAUCUACAAAACUCGACCAACUGAAAGCUACCCACGACACGCUGCGGAGAGACAACGAGCGAUCUUACCAACUCACUUAUAAUUGAAGUUUAUUUACAAUAUUUAAUGUUAUAUAGAAUUUUAGGGCCGUGUUAGAAAACAAUGGUCAAGCAUGUAACAGAUUUCAUAUAGACCAUAAUAUGUCAGACAUUAUUUUUGGUGCGAAAACUACGAAAAGAUUAUUUACGCCUCAGCAUUUUUCCCCUUUCAAAUUUAAAGAAUAUUUUAAAUCUAGGCGUAGCUGCGGCGGGACCCUAAUUUGUAUUAAAAGUAAAAUAAAAUCUAGCUUGAGAAUUGAGUCUAACAUGGGCCUUAGACUGUGCUAAAUGAUUCUGAUUCCAAUUAAUUGAACAGUCAUCACUUUCUGAAAAAUAAUAAUUAAAAAAUAAGUGGUGAAAACUAUCGAAAUAAAAAAUGUACAUAAUAAAAAUGAUUUUGCAUAACUAUAUCACAUUCAUUGAUAUUUGUUUUCAUGUUAAAUAUGUAAAAUACUUUCAGACUUAUGAACAAAACAGUUUGUAGUAUAUUUCUGUUGAUCUAGCUAAAAUAUUGUGAUUUGACAUAAUACAUACUGUGAAAAAUCUAGCCAAACAUAGUUUUCGCCAAACUCAAUGUCGGUUCGAGGGUAAAUUCUGAUACAUAAACAUGGUUUCUGCGCAGAAUCGCGCAAUAUUCCGAACCGCUAUAAAGUUUGACAAAAACUAUUCCUAAUAAACUUUUAUUUUUAUCUUACCCAAUUUUUGUUCUAAUUGCGACGGUUUUUUAUUAUAAUUUCUGUACCUACUUUGUUGAUUAUUGAAACCUGGACAAAUUGUUUGUUAAUUAUUGUAAUUCUUAUAAAACUGUAUUUCUGUGAAAUAAAAGUAAUGCGUUUA